CAUAGUUAUAAGAAUAAUGCAAUUGUAAAGACAGUUCAUUUUUGGGAAUUUAACUAUAAAACUCUACUGUAUAUUAAUAUGUCGCAAAGUGAAAAAUCUAAUUGGCGCAGCCGGUAGGAUACAAGUAAUAUCCUCCCGAGUGACUACCUAAAAAGGACUUCAAAAAAUCACUUCAUGAGAAAUAAAUUUAUUUGUAUCCGCAAAACGAACUUACAUAAAAUAAUUGUGAAAAUAAAACAACAACAUUAGUCAAAUCACGAAUGAGGAUUUCUAGUGUCUAAAUUCAGCGAUAAUAAUAUAAUAACUGAUAUAUUUCGUGUAAACAAAAAUUUUAAAUUUAAAAAAUUUAUUAAAGUGUAAAAAUGGAAAUGCCAUCAACAUCAGCCACAGCCGCAAAAGCAACACCAAAUUUACAGACGUGGCCAUGAACCAUUUUCUUCUGCAACUUAAGCAGAUAAACAAAUUUAAUGGAGACUCUACUUGGCUCUCUUCAUAAAGGAAGUUUACCAUUAUCCGACAACAUCAGAAGCCCAACAUCAAAUUAUACAAGCAGUCAUCCGAAACCUUCUAAUACGAGCCUUCUACGACUAGCCCGAACAUUGUUGAUGAGAAAUAUAACACAGGACUGGAAGGAAAUAAUUUACGAUGAACUGACUAAAGAACAAACUGCUUUACUACGCAAUGCAUUUAAUGCUUUUGCCAGAAAAAAUGGUUACAUCAAUACGGGCAUGUUUGGUACUAUUCUAAGUAUGCUGGGUCACAAACUUGACGAUGCUACUCUUGCUGACAUUAUUGCUGAAGUCGAUGAGGAUAAAUCAGGUGAAAUUGUAUUUGAAGAAUUCGCUACACUGGCCGCCCGAUUUCUUAUGGAAGAGGACGUCGAAGCUAUGAUGGAUGAACUGAAAGAAGCUUUUCGCCUUUACGAUAAAGAAGGAAAUGGCUAUAUCACUACAGGAGCUAAGGAAAUUCUAAGAGAACUAGAUGAUAAAUUAACUAAUGACGAUCUAGAUAUGAUGAUUGAGGAAAUCGAUUCAGAUGGAUCAGGAACAGUUGACUUUGAUGAAUUCAUGGAAGUAAUGACUGGUGGCGAUGACUAUAAAACUUGUCCACGGAAUACCUUCUCAAAAUUAUUCUUGAAAAUGGAACAGCAACUUUUAUCGAACACUGAACAAUAUUAUGGUUAAAGCUGUUAUAAAAUAAGUGAACGCGCAGUAAUUUUUACAUUUAAAUCAAUUUAUUCAUCCUAAAAAAC